CCUACCAGUAAAGCUCCACCCCUGAUAUUACAUAAUCUUGAGAGGAAGCAGGAAACUAGUUUGUUUCUGUUUAACUCUCAGUGAGAAAAGACGUACAGACAGACAGACAGACAGACAGACAGACAGACAGACAGACAGACAGACAGACAGUAGAACGGUAACAUUCGCCUUCAUUACAAAGCCGUGGAUUCACCUGAGGGAGGACGUUUACAGCAAGGAUUUUUAAGCUUUAAAAUACUUUUACAGCUGAAAAAAAACUAAAAGUGAAAGUAACUGCAGCAAGGAGGGAAGCACAGGCGAGGCCUGUUUAAUUGGCUGUGUUCAGCUUCACUCUGAGAGAAUGGCUUCAAGAUCAGAGGAGGAUCUCUGCUGUGCGGUCUGUCAGGACAUCUUUAGAGACCCUGUUCUCCUGUCAUGCAGUCACAGCUUCUGUGGAGGCUGUCUGACGGACUGGUGGAGAGAGAAAAUAACACGUGAGUGCCCUUUAUGCAAGAGAAGGUCAUCGAGGGGAAAGCCUCCCUGUAACCUGGUGUUAAAGAACCUCUGUGAGGCCUUUCAAAGAGAGAGGGAUGAGAACGCUUCAGAGGCUCUCUGCAAUCUGCACUCUGAGAAACUCAAACUCUUCUGUCUGGACCAUAGGCAGCCGGUGUGUGUCGUCUGCAGAGAUUCAGAAAAACAUAUUAACCACAGCUUCAGACCCAUCGAUGAAGCUGCGCGACAACACAGGAUGGAACUUCAGAACACUCUGAAACCCUUUAGGAAGAAGUUAGAUGCUUUUGAAAAGGCUAAAAAGGAGUUUGAUGGAACAGCAGAACACCUGAAGGUCCAGGCCAGACGCACAGAGACGCAGAUUAAGGAGCAAUUUCAGAAGCUUCACCAGUUUCUAGAAGAGGAAGAGGGGGCCAGGAUGGCUGCACUGAGGGAGGAAGAGGAGCAGAAGAGUCGGGUGAUGGAGGGGAAGAUGGAGGCUGUGAGCAGAGAGAUAGCAGCUCUUUCACACACACUCAGGGCCACAGAGGAAGAGAUGAAAGCUGACCACGCCUCCUUCCUGAACAACUACCAGGCUGCAGUGGAGAGGCUGCAGCGCCCCCUGCUGGAGGAUCCACAGCUGCCCCCAGGAGCUCUGAUAGACGAGGCCAAACACCUGGGCAACCUCACCUUUAACAUCUGGAGCAAGAUGAGCUACCUGGUCUCCUAUUUCCCUCUUGUUCUGGACCCAAACACUGCUCAUCCAGAACUCAUCCUGUCUGAAGAUCUGACCAGUGUGAUGGAAGGAGGGAGACAGAAACGUCCUGAUAAUCCAGAGAGGUUUGAUGCUUUCUGCGGUGUCCUGGCCUCGGAGGGCUUUAACUCAGGCUCUCACAGCUGGGAUGUUGAGGUUGGAGACAGUAGAGAGUGGAUUCUGGGUGUGUUAGCAGAGUCUGUCCCGAGGAAGAGAGACAUACGGUCUGGAUUGUGGACAUUAUGGUUCGGUGAAGGUGAAUACUCAGCACUGUCACUUCCUGCUCCACCCUCUCAACUCGUAUUCAGGAAGAAGCUGCAGAGGGUCAGAGUGAAUCUGGACUGGAACAGAGGAAAGCUUUCAUUCUCUGAUCCUGACACUAGCACACACAUACACACCUUCACACACACUUUCACUGAGAAGCUGUUUCCGUACAUUUGCACUGUGGAUAAACACCUCCUGAAGAUUUUACCACUGAAGGUCGGUGUGACACAACAGAAGGUCUGAGUCUUCAGCUUGAAGGUGGUGUUUGUAUUCCACUUCCUACAGUGAGUGGACAUACUCUCAUCGAAUGUUGCAAUCAAAAUCACGCUUAAGUAAAAUUACAUUAAAAAAUAUAUACUGUAUAUGUAAAGUACCAAAAGUAAAAGUAUUCAUUGCAGAAUGUUAUAAUGUUAAUCCAUUGAAUGUACAGCUGGUAAAAGUGGAAUUCAUUUUAAAUGAUGCCAUAUUAGGACCAUUGUAGGUAAACAUGAAAUAAACUAUGGAUUGGGGAAGAGAAGAUUCUCCGAGAUUAAAGUAAUAAUAAAACUGCAAGAAAAAACUCAGAAGAUUAACAUUUUUAUUUCCGU